ACUGAAGCAUUCGUCUUUUGCUGAGAAGACAAACGACUUGUGUAAACAAGAAAAUGGCCAGGACCAAGCAGACCGCCCGUAAAUCCACCGGAGGAAAAGCUCCCAGGAAGCAGCUCGCCACCAAGGCUGCCCGUAAGAGCGCCCCGGCCACCGGAGGCGUGAAGAAGCCCCACCGUUACAGGCCCGGUACUGUUGCUCUGAGGGAGAUCCGCCGCUACCAGAAGUCUACUGAGCUGCUGAUCCGCAAGCUGCCCUUCCAGCGCCUGGUUAGGGAGAUCGCUCAGGACUUCAAGACUGACCUGCGCUUCCAAAGCUCAGCUGUCAUGGCUCUGCAGGAGGCUAGCGAGGCUUACCUGGUCGGUCUGUUUGAGGACACCAACCUGUGCGCCAUCCACGCUAAGAGGGUCACCAUCAUGCCCAAAGACAUCCAGCUUGCCCGCCGCAUUCGCGGAGAGAGGGCUUAAGCUGUUCUGGGACCAGUUUACACCAAACACAACGGCUCUUUUAAGAGCCACA